UCUUUAUCUACGGAGCUCCGGCGGCGACCAGCACCACCGGGCGCUCGAGGAGUUGGAUCGUUCCCUCACCAACCAUGGCGUCGGAGAAAGAGGCGGCGCUCGCGGCCGUGCCCAACGACAACCCCACCAUAUUCGACAAGAUCAUUAAAAAGGAGAUACCUUCCGAUGUGGUGUAUGAAGAUGAGAAGGUUCUUGCUUUCAGAGACAUAAAUCCUCAAGCACCGAUCCAUAUUGUAAUCAUUCCCAAAGUCAAGGAUGGACUAAGUGGCCUUUCAAAGGCAGAAGAGAGGCACGUAGAGAUACUUGGCUUGCUCCUCUAUGCUGCAAAAGUUAUCGCAAAGCAGGAAGGACUGGAAGAUGGCUAUCGUAUCGUCAUCAACGAUGGCCCUAGUGGAUGCCAAUCUGUUUAUCACAUCCAUGUCCAUCUUCUUGGAGGCAGGCAGAUGAACUGGCCACCGGGCUAAGCAACGCCUGCUUGAUGAUCAGUCUUCAUGUCAAGGAUGUUAGUUGCAUCUCCCUUGAAUAAGAGUUCCUGUAACUGACAUAACAGACGGUGUGCUGAACUUGUGCUAUAUCCUACUAUAUCUAUGCAUUACCGGCACGAUCCUCCUGUGAUCUAUGGACUUGAACUUGGUCCUCUUAUUAUUGACGUGUGUUGUGUUCUUGUUAGUCUGGCACACCUGUGAACCUUGUUACCUGUCAGUGGAAAAGCCAAUGAACCUAGUGUUGUGUGCCUUUCUUUGGCAUGAUGAUCUAGAGAGAAUCAGUUGGUAUGAUUUUUUUUGGAUCCUUU